AUGUUCAGCAAGUUGAUUGUUGACAUCACUGACAAAUCAGCUUACACCAUGCAGUUUUACCACAAGCCGAACAAUCAAAGGGCAAUUCGUUACUAUGUGUUCAAAGCAGAGGCUGGAAGAAAAAUAAAAAUCUUGUUUUCGACGAAGGAUGCGAAAGGACAUCUUUUUUAUGAGGCAGAUAAUCAAGUUGAUGUAAGAAUUCAGGCUCCGUCAGGAAACUUUGUAAAAAAGAAGAUUGAAGACAAUCUGAAUGGUGACUACACUGUGAGCUUCACAUCCGAUAUUGUAGGUCCGCACAGCGUAACAAUUACAGUGAAUGGUCAGCCGCUGACUGGCAGUCCCUGGAGUGUAGAGAUGUCUCCAUAUCAAUACAAACGUGCGUUUGAUAUAACAGUGGAUGAAGGGUCGUUUUCCUCUGCUUUUGCGGUUAACAAGGAGACUAACGAGAUCGCAGUCACACGGGAUAAAUUCAUGCUAAUACUCAGUGCUGAUCAUUCAUUCGUAAGGCAUUUUUGGUUGGAGGACAUCAUACUUUCCAUGGACUUCACCAUAAAUGGCAGUUUCGUUGCAAUUCUGCUUUCCAACUUCAACAGAAAAUUGUACUUGAUUGACAAAAGCGGAGAUUCAAUUAAAGAAAUCGGCCAAGGGUACCUGACACGGCCGGUGGCGGUGUCUGUUUCGCACGAUGGAAGCAUAAUCGUUUGUGACUGGGGUAACAGUUCAGUAAAAGUCCUCUCCCCUGAUGGUACAAAAUUAUUACAGUCCUCCAGUGAUCCACACUUUCUAAAAUUCCCGCGGUUUUCUGUUUAUCAUCAGGACAUGUUCUUUGUGUCCUAUGAUUGGCGGGAUGCAUGCGUCAAAACGUUCAACAAAGAUGGAGUGUUUCUGUAUGAUAUUGGUGGUGAGGGAUCCGCCGAGGGACGGUUGACGAGACCAGGUGGUCUUGUCAUUGACAAGUUUGACAACCUGAUUGUGAGUGAGGAUCAUAAUAGGACGCUUAAGGUGUUCACAGUGGAAGGCAACUUUCUUUACAAAAUAGAGGUCGAACAGAAAGGAAAUUCAAUAGCUGCAUCUACUACCGGCAACUUGUAUGUCGUUGAUGAUGACUGUAUUCAUGUUUUUCAGUAGCUAGUGAGCCAGUUACUGUACACCUCGUCAGCUUAUCCUCGUCCGGAAAAAAGGCCAAUAACCCUUCGCUCGUUAUCAAUGGAAAGGAAACUAAAAAACUUCCUUACUGAAGAGGUUCCUUAUGUGACUUA